AUGUCGAGCUUUUCGCUGAAUGGACAACCGCUAACGGCCGAGAGGCUCAAGGGGAUCCUCGGUACGUGGUGCACCUGCUUCCCCCCUCCUCCCCUUCUCCCGUUCUCGCCUGCGCCUGCCCCUCCCCUCCCCUCCCGCGUCCGAUCCCACCACGCUCUCGUGUCAACACGCGGGCGACGGACGACCUCCGACGCGUUGGCCGCCACCUCGCCGCACCGCCGCCUGCGUGCCCUCCGUCCUCUCCUCCCCAUGCAUUCGCUGGGCUUCUUGACGUGCGCGCUCUACUAACGCUACCUCGCUCCAUUGGGCUCGUGAUAGGCCGCAUCCAGCAGCUCAAGAACGAGGGCGCAAACGCGCAGAACUCGCCCGAACUGGUCAGCUUGUCCAACCUGGUCAAGGCGCUCUCCCAGGCGCACCAGAAGCAACAGCAGCUCGCUCGCAGCAAUGCCGCACCCAACGGACUCGCCCAAUCCACGGCUGUCGCACCACCACCUGCACCCCAACGUAGGUCCCCCCUUGUUUCCCCCGCGUCGAGCACGCCUCGUCGCAUCGCGUCUGCGCUGACUUGGCUGACUUGACCCUCGCGCCGCAGCCAAUGGACUUCAUACCGCACCAAACACCUCUGCGCCACCCUCUGCACUUCCCCUCGACUCUGCCACCGCGCCGAAUGGUGCACUCGAUGCGUCAACGUCCGUGCUCGCCCCUCCCGAGCCGUCGCGUUCACCACCCGUCGUGCCCUUCACCCCUGAGCAGGUCGCCUCGCUCAGAUGUCAGGUCUGGGCCUUCAAGCUCUUGUCACGCAACCUCCCCGUCCCACUUCCUCUACAGCAGGCCAUUUUCUCGCCCGCCGAGGCGGCCAAACUCGUUGCUCGUAUCCCCGAAGGCGCCGACCUCCAACCCGACACCUUUGAUGCGAACGGCUUCACCGUCGCCGAAGUCCGAGCCGCGAGGGACAAGGCUUACGCCGAUGAAGCACCGCUCGAAGGGGUCGAGAAUCCCAACAGCCUCGUCUACCCGCACAACGCGUAUGCGACGCCGAGAGAAGCGUUUGAGGCGUCGAUGACAGGCCCGACGAAGCGCAUGAACGUGCUCAUCCCGACUCUGCUGCCCGAAGGCCUGGACCCGCUCGUACUGAUGGAAGAGCGAGAUCGGUUCAUUGAUGCUAGGAUCCAGUUCCGCAUUCGAGAGCUCGAAAGCUUUCCCUCGGAUCUCUCGCAGGAGCCCGUUACUCUUGGUGCCGUCGCACACGAUGACGCCGAUGAUUUCGAGCGCAACGAUCGACUGGCCAAGCAAAAGCUCAAGGCUCUGAUCGAGCUCAAGUCGUUGACGCUCUUAUCCAAGCAAAAGGCGCUGAGGGAGAACAUCAUCCGCGGCCUGAACCAGGCGAGCUCGUUGUCGCUACCGGCCGAUCGAGCCGCCUUCCGACGAUCCAAGAAGCAAAGCCUGCGCGACGCCCGAGUGACCGAGCACCUCGAACGCAAACAAAAGAUCGAACGCGAGAGGCGUGCCAAGCAGAAGCAUCUCGACUCGUUGACCGAGAUUGCGAACCAUGGUCGCGAUAUGCUCAUCGCCCAUCGAGGUCAUCAGGCCAAGUUUGGUCGACUCGGCAAAGCCGUGCUCAAGUUCCAUGCCGAUGCCGAUAAGGAAGAGGCGCGUCGUGUUGAAAGGGUUUCGAAGGAACGUUUGAAGGCACUGCGAGCCGACGAUGAAGAAGGGUACCUCAAACUCAUCGACACGGCCAAGGAUACACGUAUCACCCAUUUGCUGCGCCAGACCGAUGCUUUCCUCGAGUCGCUCGCGGCUGCCGUCGUCGACCAGCAGAACGAGGCGCGUGUCGCAACAGCCGACGGGGCUGUCAUGGAAGAAGUCCAGGAAAACACGGAGGCCGUUGACGAGUCACGCUUUGGUGCGGCGCCCGUGUUCGAGGACGAGAAGAAGGACAAGGUCGACUACUACAAUGUCGCGCAUCGGAUCAAAGAAACGAUCACGAAGCAGCCUUCAAUCCUCAUCGGUGGUGAACUCAAAGCCUACCAGAUCAAAGGUCUCGAAUGGAUGGUGUCGCUCUACAACAACCAUGUCAACGGUAUCCUCGCCGACGAAAUGGGUCUCGGCAAAACGAUUCAAACGCUCAGUCUCAUUACGUUCCUCAUCGAGGUCAAAAAACAGAAUGGGCCGUACCUCGUCAUCGUGCCACUCUCGACGAUGCCGAACUGGAUAUCCGAGUUUGAGAAAUGGGCCCCUUCGGUGCGCAUGAUCUCGUACAAGGGUACGCCAGCACAACGCAAGAACGCGCAGAACGAGAUUCGUGCUGGCAAUUUCCAAGUCUUGUUGACGACAUACGAGUACAUCAUUAAGGAUCGACCGUUGUUGGCCAAGAUCAAGUGGUUGCACAUGAUUAUCGACGAAGGUCAUCGUAUGAAGAAUGCGCAAUCGAGGCUCUCGAUGACGCUGACGACGUACUACUCGUCGAGGUAUCGACUCAUUCUGACCGGUACUCCGUUGCAGGUCAGUAGCCAAAACGUAUCUUAUCGGUGACAGCGCUUCUGAUUUCGCCAGUUUCUUUUCCGUAGAACAACUUGCCCGAGCUCUGGGCCUUACUCAACUUCGUCCUGCCCAAGAUCUUCGGGUCGGUCAAAUCGUUCGACGAAUGGUUCAACGCCCCCUUCGCCAACACGGGUGGUCAGGACAAGAUCGAGAUCAACGAAGAAGAAUCGCUUCUCGUCAUCCGACGUCUGCACAAGGUGUUGCGACCGUUCCUGCUGCGUCGCUUGAAGAAGGACGUCGAGUCUGAUUUGCCCGACAAGGUCGAACGCGUGAUCAAGUGCAAGAUGAGCUCACUGCAACUCAAGCUGACGAAGCAGAUCAAGGAGCACGGUAUGAUCUUCACCGAUGGACCGACCGAGGGCAACUCCAAGGCGACGGGUAUCCGCGGUCUGCAAAACCAGAUCAUGCAACUGCGCAAGAUUUGCAACCACCCUUUCGUUUUCGACGCUGUCGAAUCGUCGAUCAACCCGACGCAAAUCUCGGACGCCACCUUGUACCGUGUGGCGGGCAAGUUCGAAGUCUUGGAUCGCAUCUUGCCCAAACUUUUCGCCUCAGGCCAUCGCGUGCUCAUGUUCUUCCAAAUGACGACGGUCAUGACCAUCUUUGAGGACUACCUCAACUUCCGCCGUAUCGCGCACUUGCGUCUCGACGGUACGACCAAGCACGAGGAUCGUUCGUCGUUGCUCAAAGCAUUCAACGACCCCAACUCGCAGUACCCCAUCUUCAUCCUUUCGACCCGUGCCGGUGGUCUCGGCUUGAAUUUGCAAACGGCCGAUACGGUCAUCAUCUUUGAUUCGGAUUGGAACCCUCACCAGGAUUUGCAGGCGCAGGAUCGUGCGCAUCGUAUCGGACAAAAGAAGGAGGUGCGCAUCUUGCGACUCGUGACCGAAAGGUCGAUCGAAGAACAUGUCAUGGCCGGGGCUUCGCGCAAGAUCGAGAUGGACAAAAAGGUCAUUCAGGCCGGUCGAUACGACAACAAGUCAACGGCCGAGGAACGAGACGAGUAUCUUCGUGCGUUGCUUGAGGGUGGGGACGAAGAGGACGAGGAUCAAGAGGACGACGUCGAUGAAGCCGAGGCGUUGAACGAGGCGAUCGCUCGAUCCGAAGAGGAACGCGCCUUGUUCUCGCAGAUGGAUAAGGAUCGUCGACGGGCUGAAGAGGCCGCCUGGCACGCUUCGGGUCAAACGGGCAAACUUCCCGAACGCCUGAUUGCGGAAUGGGAGUUGCCCGCGGUGUACCGCAUGGAACACAAGCGCGAAAUUGUCGAGGACGAGAUCGUUGAUGGGCAGCGACGCGCUCGUACGAAUGUGCAGUACGACGAUGGGAUGUCGGAGGAACAAUGGGAUCGAUCCAUGCGCGUCGAGGACGACGACGAACCGCCGCAACCCAAGAGGAGGGGUCGACCACCGAAGAACAAGAACUUGUUGGCCGGUGGGUUCGAUAGCGACUCGACGAACAGUGGGAGGAACCGAGGGGCGCGAGGGACGCCCGACCCUUCGACGCCGAGAGGACUCAAGAGGGUUCGUCCCGCACGCGCCGUGUCGUCGAGCGUCGUCACGUCGGAUGAUUCGGAUUCGGGAUCGGAUAGCGAUUCGGGCAACGCCAAAAGACGUAAAGUGCAUCUCACACCCGAGCAGGAGGGUCUCAAAGGGAUCGCCGAUCAGUGCCUCGCCAAGAUGGAGGCCCUCGAUAAUGUACGUUUUCGUUUGAGAAUGCUGUGAAGGUGAUGGUGCUCAUUUCAUCUUGCCGCACUUUCAGCCAACCAUGCACCAUCAAUGCACGGGUCUGUUCAACCAAUUGCCGAGUAAACGCGACUACCCCGAUUACUACACCAUCAUUCGUGACCCCAUCGUGCGUUCUCGGUGGUUCUCAUUCCGUGCCUCAAUCGUGUGCUCAUGUUGCCCUCAUCGGCGCUCACAGAGCUUGAAGGAGAUCAAGAAAAAGAUCAACACGGGCGGGUACGCGACAUUGAGCGCGUUCGAGGCAGACGUGCAUCUCAUGUUGCGCAACGCCAUGACGUACAAUGACGACGGGAGUGUGAGUGUUGGGUGCUCUUGUGUGAGUGGAGAAUGAUGUUCGGGAAGCUGACAAGACUUCUCGUAUUUGACAACUCUACAGGUCGUGUACCACGACGCCCGGAUGCUCAAGGUCAGUCGAGAGAGUCCGCACUCUUGUCCCUGACUUGCACGUUUACUGAACCUCUUCACAUUCUUCUCGUUUACAGCAAGUGUUUGACAUCAAAUACCGCGAAAUGAUCGGAGGCGGGGCGGCUGCUCAGUACUGA